AUGUCACCGCAAAAGUCCAAGCAUUUAAGCGGGGGCAGGGAUACGAGACAUUCACUGCGUGGUCCUGACAUUCGAUUCCGUCCUGUCAUACAAGACGAGGAGUAUGUAGAGACAGAAGCAACCAGUGACAGCGAUGUAGACGCCAUCAAGAAUGCAGACAGUGAUGCACGUCGAUGUCAAGUUGUUGAGGUUUUAGCAGAGGCUGAGGUAAGACCGAAGUUGCCAAAGGGUAAGGUUAUAAGUUUUAAGUUAGCCACUAUAAGACGCUUUGUACGAGGGUCUUACAGGGUUGAAGAAAUCUCUUAA